AUGGGGGAAGAUUGUGGGUGGUCGUCUCUGAAUAACUAUAAGUCAAGAUUUACAGCACCGGAUUUGAGAAAUUUGGAGAUGCUGGAAAAUAAUCAACAGCCCGAUAACGGAGUGUUCUUGCCGGCCGGUGACUGCAUUUAUGGACUGUCAUCAUUGCCGGAAAACAAUCCUUUUGAGUUUCCGCAGACGGAGAGCAACACUUACCACGUUGGAGUUGAUGGCCGUCUAAAUCUUGCUAUGAUGAAUACGAAUAGCCAAGUGAACGACCGCGGCGGGGGCGGAAACGUUUAUCGGCUCCCUUCAUUGCCGGAAAACGACUCUUUUCAGGUUUCGCAGCUGGAAAACAAUACUUACUAUCCUGGUGUUGAUGGUCGUCAAAGUCUUGCGAUGAUGAAAACUGGCGGUGACCAGGUGAACUCUGCCUCCGGCGGCCAAAUUUACGGGCUGCCCUCACUGCAGGGAAACAACCCAUUUCAGGUUCCUCCACCGGAAAUCAGUGCUUACAAUCCUGUUGAUGGUCGUCAAACUCUUGGAAUGAUGAAUACUAAUGGCCGAAAUUUGAACCCUAGUAACGCGGAUCCGUUCUAUGAUUUUCCACUCGAGUCCCAAUUCAGUCGCCUCGCUGUGUCAACUAAUCCAACACCCGUCUUCACGCCACCACCAUCUUAUGGCCGCGGUACUGUUGUUGGUGGCGGCGGUAGCCGUGGUCCGAUUGUUCCAAACAAUUUUACUCGUGGAAUGGGUGCGUGUUCACAAUCACAGUUAUCGUAUGGAGAUCUUCUACAGAGAAUGAGAAUUCAAUCUGCUGCCAGGGGACAGAAUAUGGAUCUCUACACGCAGCCCAGAAAUUAUUCAAGUUUCGAUGAUGGUUUUGAUGGAAUUGCUUCACAAUAUGGUUUGAAUUCAAAUGCACUUUCCAACUAUGAUCGAACUUUCACUGGAGAAUCAAUUAGGUAUCCAACAAGGCCUCGUACUGCACAUCGAAUUGGUUCACUUCUGCCCUUAGGAUAUGGAAGUCAGACGAGUUUGAAUAGAAAUGGGCAAAGGGUUGACACCAAUGGCUCGAUCGAACCUAACUAUAGUUCCCUCUUAACAUCUCGACUCCAGCCAAGCUUCACGUCGUUGGAGGAUUUGAGAGGUAACAUAUUCUCAGCGGCAAAGGAUCAAGAUGGAUGCAGGUUCUUGCAAAGGAAAAUCGAAGAGGGAAAACAGGAUCAUAUCGACAUGAUUUUCUCAGAAGUGAAGGAUCAUGUUUGUGAGUUGAUGGUAAAUCAAUUCGGAAAUGCUUUGAUUCAAAAUUUGUUCGAGGUUUGCAGUCAAGAACAAAUGGAUGAAUUUCUCAUAUUGGUUAUGCAAGAUGAAAGGAUUCGUAUGGCCAUUUGUGUUCAUAUGCAUGGAACUAGGGCUAUGCAGAAAUUAUUGGAGCAUCUUAAAACCGAAGAACAGAAGUCGACCGCUAUAUCUUGUAUAACGCGGAUUACUGUUCCAUUGACAAAAAGCUUGAGCGGACAUCAUGUAAUUCAACACGUCUUGAAAGUUUUUUCCGCUGAAGAUAAUAAGCAUAUAUUGAAUGCGGUUGCUGAUAACUGCGCCGACAUAGCAACCGACAAAAGUGGUUGUUGUGUUAUACAACAUUGUGUAGCACACGCUCAGGGAGAAUCCCGUGAUCGUCUUGUACAAGAAAUAAUUGUAAAUGCAUCAGAUUUAUCGGUACAUCCCUAUGGGAAUUAUGUUGUGCAGUAUAUACUAGGACUUAGGAUCCCUCGUGUGACAAAAGAUAUACUGAAUCGGCUUUCGGGAAACUUUACUCAACUGUCGAUGAGCAAGUAUGGGAGUAACGUGGUGGAAAAAUGUUUGAAGGAGUCCCAAGAGGAUGAGGCAUUACGCAUAGUGCAAGAGUUAGUCAGUGAUCCACAAUGGUUGAUGGUUAUUCAGCAUCCUUUCGGGAACUAUGUUGCUCAGUGUGCUUUGGAGGUCUCUAAGGGAGCUAUUCGAACUGAAAUGGUUAACUUCAUUAAUCACCAUUAUCCUUUCCUGAACAGCCAUCCACAUGGAAAGCGUGUGUUAGCGCGUACCAGAGGAAACAAAAACCGUGGGUGA